GGACACAAUGGGUGGGAGCAUUAACGCAGAACUACACACCGCCGUUUCAUUUACCUUAACAAAAGAGAUAAACCUAACUUAAAGUCCUCUCUCAUACAAAAUGUGAAAUCAUGAAACUGGAUAUUGAUGUCGUUCUGAACGAUACCCCGCAAAAUUUUUCAUUGGAUUUCCGAGAUCUCUCAACAUCAAUGUACUUGACGGAUUCGUUUGGUAACAAAACUUUUGAACUAAACGAGACCACAACCGAUCUCGUCUAUACAAAUCAGUUCGAAGAUGUUCCUUUUAUCGUCUUUCUGGUAUUUCUCAAGUGCAUUAUUAUGUUAUUUAUUAUUUUGGCAGCCAUUUUCGGCAAUUUGCUGGUUAUUGUUAGCGUAAUGAGGCAUAGAAAACUUAGAGUUAUAACCAACUACUUCGUUGUGUCGUUAGCGUUAGCAGAUAUGUUGGUAGCGAUAUGGGCCAUGUGUUUCAACUUCAGCGUUGAAAUAACAAACGGACAAUGGCUUUUUGGAUAUUUCAUGUGUGAUGUCUGGAACUCCUUGGACGUAUAUUUUUCUUCAGCCUCAAUUUUACAUUUGUGUUGCAUUAGCGUUGAUAGAUACUACGCUAUUGUCCAACCUUUGGACUAUCCGCUUAUAAUGACAACAAGCAAGCUUGGAAUUAUGCUGGCUGUAGUAUGGUGUAGCCCUGCAUUGGUUUCGUUUCUUCCAAUUUUUAUGGGUUGGUACACCACAUAUGAGCAUCUGGACUUUAGAAAAAGACAUCCAAAAGUGUGCAGUUUUACUGUGAACAGAGUGUAUGCAGUGAUAUCCAGCAGUGUUAGUUUUUGGAUUCCAGGCGUUAUAAUGCUAUACAUGUAUUAUCGCAUAUACGUGGAGGCAGAUCGUCAGGAGAGGAUGUUGUACAGGAGUAAAGUCGCUGCCCUACUGUUGGACAAGCAUCUUCAGAUCAAUGGGAUCUCAGUUGGUGAGGUGAUGAGAGAACGUCAAAGUAUUCAGAUGCAGCCGAUGGCGAGCAGCAAAAUGAAGAGGGAGAGGAAAGCUGCAAGGACCUUAGGAAUCAUCAUGAGCGCCUUCUUAGCGUGUUGGCUGCCAUUCUUUUUAUGGUAUAUAAUAACAGCCCUAUGUGGGGAGUCCUGCCCCUCUCCACCGCCUGUGGUAGCGGCCGUGUUCUGGUUUGGCUACUUCAAUUCAGCUCUCAAUCCACUCAUAUACGCAUACUUCAACCGGGAUUUUAGAGCUGCCUUUAGAAAAACGUUGGAUUCAUGCUGCAGGUCACUUUGCGGUAGUUUUGGACGCCGUUACUGUCACCAGCAUCGUCGUGAUCAUCACCACUCGAACGCCUCAUCAGAUAUUCAUAUGAACAACUGUGUGAAGUCUACAUCAGCUGAUGUAUUACGAGCGCAAGCGUCCUGUUCCAGACCGGACGAUGUAAUCAUAAGGGCUUAAAAGGAAGGUUUUAUACGUUAGAAGGACGUAGAUACUUUAUAAGCAACAAGAAUUUCAAUUUGAAAGCAUAUACUUAGGGAUCGUUUCAGUUUCAGCUGAGGAUCCAAUGAGCUUCAAUAUUAAAUAUUUUAAGUAAUAUGGUUUUUUUUUAGCAAAUUUAGCACGAAUCUGUGGCUACCUGCAUUUAACUAUUAAUGAACUGGCAACUUCUUAUACAUAUUAAGCACAAUAUUGUGACGUAAUAAUACAAUUGUGGAAUUAUUUUUCUGCAGUAUCAGACAUUUUGCCGCAGUAUCAUAUGAGCCACUAAAACGAAUGUGUACAUAACUUGUUAUUAUAAAUCUAUUUAUGUAUAUGUAAUGACAGAAUUGAUUAUAUAUCAGAGAUUGUAUUUACAUAUGAUGAACUACGUAUGUCGAAUAAAUCAAUUAUAUGAGCUGUAUAUAAAUGUCAUUCUCAUUAGAGACAUAAUAAAGCGGCUUGACAUUUAUGAAAUACCUCAUAGAGUAUGUGGGUAGUUAUAAAAAUUAUCAAAUAAAUGAAUCUUAUCUUUUGUACGAAUUCAAAACAAACUUGUAACAUUUUCACUUCACUUCAAUUCUGUUUUCAAUCUAUAUUUAAAUGCUAAUGAUAUCUCAUUUCGGGACUUCAUCUCAAUCUAUUGGAUCUCCGUCAUUAUCUUAUCCCCGACAAUAACAGUCCAGAGCUUAACGAACUAUUUAAAAGGAGUCGGUACUGACUUUUCAGCAGAUAAAUGUAAAUGAAUCUUGUUAUAUAAGAAUAAGGUUUGUUUUUGAACAAAUACGAUAUUUUUACUAAAACUGUCUCAGUAAUUGGUUUCUAAAGGCAAUUUCUGAUUGUUUGAUCUAUUCAAAUUAAAAAUGUAUUAACUUUUUUAAAUAAUUUUCUUUAUACAAUAGAAAAAAUUUGUUGAACAUUGGCAAUACUUAUUAUUAAUAAGAAAAUAUCGUUUUAGAAGCAAUGAAAAUUAAAUUUUUAUAUUAAGCAAGUAAUGAAAGCAAUAACUUGUUAUGUUGAUCGAGAGUGAAAGAAUUUAAACUUCUGUUACUUUAAAUUAUUAAAAAGAUUUUUUAAUUCUACAUAUCUUUUUUUUUAUUUUUAUAAAAAAUAUAAAUAUCCUUAUAAUUUUGAAAUAGAACGUUUGACAUAAUAAGAAGCACGAAACCAGACAUUUUAAGAGAGAGCCUAAAUAAUUAAUAGAAAUUCCUCGGUAUCCCGAAGGACGAUUGACAUUCUAUAGAUUUUUUAAGGAAUGCCGAACAUUCUCAGCUACAUCUUAGUAUUUCUAUGCCCUUAUUGAUUAUUUUAUAAUGCCUUUGUAUUUCGUAUAUUAAUACUCAAAAAAUUAUUUUAAUUACUGUAUAAUUUUAUAUUUGCAUUUAAUAAUUUCAAAAUAUACUCUCAUCUAGUUCUCAUGAACUAUUACUCUAAAAUGAUCGAAAACUUAGAUUCAAUGUCAAUCUUAUAAAUAAUUUGUUGUUGUUCAUUCCAAGAAUAUAUCUUUUUUUAUGUAGUCUUUUGAUGAAACUUUAAAAAAAUUGUAACAUUAUAAUGUGGUUCUCUAAAUGAUGUAUUUAAAAUAAUCCUUACUAACUUAUCCGGGUGGCAGGUGCAAGAGCUAUGAUGUACAGUGGCCUGGUUCGGAGCAGGUAAAGUACGGAGGGUUUUAAUCAGUAGGAGGCUGACACUCGCUUUUGCUCCACCCAGGUUCAGAGGGGUCAUUUGAUGUUUUUCCACAUCAAAAAAAAGUACCUACAUAUGAAUUAGUCUUUGUAACGGUAGUUGAAUGUUCUGUUAUUUUUAUAC